CAAGCCUAUAAAUGUAAAGACAACCCUUCAUAUUUAGCAGAUAAACCAGGUCUUGAGGUCCAGAGGGAGAUCAAGGAGAAAAUGAAGAGGUUACUUGGAGCAGUGCUUUUCGCAGCCUUGGUCACAGAAGGUUGCUCACUGAUUUGUCACAGAUGUAAUAGUCUUACUGGCAGCUGUGCAUUAAACACCACAACUGAGUGUAACAGAACGAUCCAUUCAACAUGCAGAUCGAUCAGUGUUGGUCUAGGCUUAAGUGGAAUUCGCAGCAAUUUCCUUGUGAGUGGCUGUGGAGACUGUUUUGGCCUCAUCUCCUUCAAUACUGGGAGUCUCUCCAGAUAUGUACACACCACCUGUUGCAGCUCCAACCUGUGCAAUGAUGAUGUUGUUCCAGACGAAGAGAACAGCACUCUGAAUGGCCUGGAAUGUCAUGGAUGUUUCACUGUUAGUGAGGCCGGGUGUACAAAUUUGCUGGCUAAAGUGAAAUGUCGAGGACAACAAGAUCGCUGUGUCCACACUUCAGGAGUUCUGACAGGGCUGGACCCAUCAAACUAUGUGCUCAAAGGCUGUGCUUCCGAUUUCCUUUGUCGAAAUCCCAACGACGGUCUUGGACUUUUCGCUGUCGACCCGACCAACGCUUUCUACUGCUGCAAGGGCAACAUGUGCAACCUGGAGUCACGGAACUUCACCCGAUCCACCACACCUGCCCCUACAACCACUUCCAGCACUGGUCCAACCCAACUCAAUGCCUCCACUGUUACCGCCCUGCUCCUGGUCUUCCUCAAACUUGUGCUCUGAACACAAUGCUUCACUCUUCAACUCGCUUUGACUGGUUGCAGCAUCUUGUGGAUGGAGUGAGGGCUCUUGAGAGAGAGGGAGAGUCCCAGCAUGCUCAGGGUGGUCAAACCCCUCUUGUCCAGCGGCUUUACAAACUCCCUCAAUCUCCUGCAGUGUAAAAUCCUUCAGCCCAUCCUCUCUCAAAGUUGGCUGUAUCAUGGCUAUGGUAUUAAAAGAUCUUUGUUCAA